AUGUUAGUUGCCAUCUUUGUUGUGGCAGCAGAGCCACUGGUCCGAGGCCUGAGGAAACUCCCUGAAGAUAUUGACUGGUCAUACUCAGGUCCCCUGAACCAGCGCAACUGGGGUAAGAAGUACCCAUUCUGUAACAGCGCCAGGCAGUCUCCUGUGGACAUCAGCGAAACGUUUACCCAGGUUAGGCUGCAGUACCAAAACCUGCAACUAGAGGGCUGGGACAAACUGACAGCAGAGUCCAGCACCAUCCACAACAAUGGGAAGACUGUGGCCAUCAAUGUGGAAGGGGAGUUCUUUGUUAGUGGAGGAGGGCUGAGCUCCAGGUUUCGUGUUAGUAGAAUCACCUUCCACUGGGGCCGCUGCAAUGCAACCUCAGAUGGGUCUGAACACAGCCUGAAUGGAAUGAAAUACCCUCUGGAGAUGCAGAUCUACUGUUACGAUCCAGAUGACUUUCAUAGUCUGAAUGAUGCAAUUAGGGAAGGAGGGAGGGUAAUUGCCUUGGCUGUGCUAUUUGAGAUCAGCCUGGAAGACAAUGAGAACUUUAAUCCGGUUAUAGAUGCCGUCAACACUGUCAGCAGGUUUGGUAAGAGUGGGUCAUUGGAAGCUUUCCCCUUGCAGUCUUUGCUGCCUAAUAACACACAUAAAUAUUACAUCUACAAUGGUUCUCUGACUGCGCCUCCCUGCUCUGAAAUGGUGGAAUGGAUUGUCUUUAAACACACUGUGGCCAUAUCAGAAACACAGUUGGAAGUGUUUUGUGAGGUGAUGACCAUGGAGCAGGCUGGAUAUGUGAUGCUGACGGAUUACCUGCAGAACAACUUCCGGGAACAGCAGCAGCAGUCCAUGGGUCAGGUGUUUGCCUCGUACACCGGAGUGGAGGACAUGCUCACACCCACCUGCAGCUCAAAGCCAGAAAAUGUUCAGGCUGAUGCCCAGAAUGACACAACCAUUGUGGUGAUGUGGGAGCGUCCCCGUGUGGUUUAUGACAUGACCAUCGACUGGUAUACUGUCACCUACCAGAGGCUGCAGGGCCGAGACCAGAGCAAGCAGGAGUACAGGACCGACGGGGACCAGGAUGUGGGUGCCAUCAUUUCCAGUCUGCUGGCCAACAGCAGCUAUGUGGUGCAGGUGGUGGCUGUUUGCACCAAUGGACUCAAUGGACAACUGAGUGAUGAGAUUAUAGUGGACAUGCCGUUAGAAGACCCUGAAAGCGAUUUGGAUCCUGACACUUUCACAAAAGAUUUGGAAGGCAACAGGGAGGUCUCAUCUAAAGCCAGAUGGGGGAAGCCUAAGGACCAAAAUCAGGUGGAUUUGUCUCAAGAGGACCACAGCCCUGUGGAGGAGAUCCCAGUGGAGCAGACCAGAGUUUACCAGAACCAACCUACACACCUUCAGAACCAGCCAAAAGACCAAACCCAAGCAAACCAGAAAAUCCCAGUCCAAGUUAGGACCCGAUCAACCCCAAAGUCUCCCUCUGAUUCUGCAGUUCUACAGAAAACUCGACUCAACCAGAAUGUCAAAAAGAAACCAAGUGAAAACAGGUCUAAACCAGAUGAUAUGGAUCAGAACUGGAUUGCUGAGGACAAGAAGAUCCAAACAAAACAGUCCUCUACUAAUGUGGGUUUUGAUGGUAAUAGUGCAAUCUGGAUAACUGAGGUAACUGAACACCCAGGCUUCCUAUUUCCAGUUGCUCGGACCAACAUGCUGCCAACGAUCCACCGACAAAUCACAGAAGAGGCCUCAUUGUCAGUGUUGCCACAUCAGUCAAGGGAUCACGGUCCACCAGACCAAGCUGGUGAAAGCAGCCUCCCUUCUCCCCAGUCAGACCUCUACACCCCUCCUGUGGAGGAAAUCCAAGUCACUGAUAUCUUCUAUGAAGACACGGUAAACAACUUUCCACUGGAAACCACCACCUCUGCUGCAACAAAGUCUGCUGCUUUUAUGGGGCCAGGUAAUAAAGUAGACACAGUCUCCCUACUGUCCUCUGAAGACAGCAAUGCCCCUGUGAACAAACCUCUACCAGAAACCAUCACUUCAGUGUCCUCCUCCCUUUGGAUCACAGCAAGGACGGCAACUGCCAGUAACACCAUUGCUGAUUCAGUCUACAAAUCAUUCACCAGCUCCUCUCUUCUAAGGGUGCUAAUGCAGACGACCCAGUCCAUGUUCAACGAAGGCAGCAACAGCAGCCACGAGUCUCAGGUCGGGCUGGUCGGAGGCGUGGAGAAGGAAAAGAGGACAGUUGUUCCUCUGGCUGUUGUCUCCACUCUCACCAUCCUCUGUCUGGUGGUACUGGUGGGCAUACUCAUUUACUGGAGAAACUGUUUCCAGGCCAAUUUCUACCCAGAUAACAGUGCAUCACCUAAAGUCACAUCUGCUCCACCUACACCCCUGCUGCUGGCCACAGACAGUCAUGAGCCGCUGACAGUGAAGCAGUUUGUGAAACAUGUCAUGGAGCUCCAUACCACCAACACCUUCUUCAAAGAGUUUGAGAUUGUCAAAGAAUCUUAUGAGGAGGUGCAAGCAUGCACAGUGGACAUGGGCGUCAUCGCUGACAGCUCCAAUCACCCCGACAACAAAAGCAAGAACCGAUACAUCAAUAUACUGGCCUAUGACCACAGUAGAGUGAAGCUGUGCAACAGCUUGGACAGAGAUGGGAAAUGUGGGGGCUACAUCGACGCUAACUUUGUUGAUGGUUAUGAGCAAACAAGGGCAUACAUCGCAGCUCAGGGGCCUCUCAGAGCAGGCAGGGAAGACUUCUGGAGGAUGAUCUGGCAGCAGAAUGUUAGAAUUAUCAUCAUGAUCACCAACCUCAAGGAGAAAGGACGGACAAAGUGUGACCAGUACUGGCCGGAGGAGAACCAGGAGGAAUACGGUCCAUACCAGGUGACCUUGAAAAGCAUCAAGACCUUGGCAUACUACACAUUGCGAAUGUUCACUGUCAGAGAUACCGCAAAUAAGGUAUCUCAGAGGAGAGUUGAACACACAGUCCUCCAUUACCACUACACCCAGUGGCCAGACAUGGGUGUCCCAGAAUACACUCUGCCUGUCCUGUCCUUCAUCAGAGCAUCCACCCGGAACCGGACACAGGAGAUGGGACCUGUUCUGGUACACUGCAGUGCUGGUGUAGGAAGGACAGGAACCUACAUAGUGAUAGAUAGCAUGCUGCAGCAGAUCCAGGAUCAAGGGAUGGUGAAUGUUCUUGGUUUCUUAAAACAUGUCCGGACUCAGAGGAACUUCCUGGUUCAGACAGAAGAGCAGUACGUGUUCAUCCAUGAUGCUCUGGUGGAGGCCAUCUUGAGCCCUGACACCAAGGUGAUCUCUGACCUCCUCCACACUUACGUAUCUGACCUCCUGACCCCUGGGGCAUCAGGCAGAACACGCAUGGACAAACAGUUCAAAUUGAUCAGUCAGCGUCAGGCGAAGCACGCAGACUACAGCACUGCUCUGAAAGAUGGCAACGCUGAGAGGAACAGAGCCAGAGCUCUGAUGCCUGUGGAGAGAUCAAGAGUUUGUCUGACUGCUUCAGAAACAAACUCCACAGGCUACAUCAACGCCUCUUAUGUCAUGGGACAUCACCACAGUAAAGAGUUUAUUGUGAGCCAGACUCCUCUUAGCAGCACAGUGGCUGAUUUUUGGAGAAUGAUCUGGGAACAUAACACACACACAGUUGUUUGUCUGUCAGACAAACACUCUCAGAGUGAAGAGGGGGAGUGUUGUGUCUACUGGCCCAGUAAAGACCAACCAAUGAGCUUUGAGGAUUUCAGUGUUUCAUACUUGGGGGAGGAGCAUGUGUGUCUGUCCAAUGAUGAGAGAGUUUUGGUGCAAGACUUUAUAGUGGAGUCUUCACAGAACAAUUAUAUGGUGGAGGUUCGUCAGUACAGCACCCCCUGCUGGCCAAACUCAGACAGUCCGAUCAGGAACUGUUUUGAUCUGGUUAACACAGUUAGAGAGCACAGCAGACACACAGAGGGACCAACAGUCGUACAUGAUCUCUUGGGAGGUGCUACAUCAGGGCUGCUCUGUGCUCUCACCACCCUGUCCAGCCAGCUAGAGGAGGAGGGAGCUGUAGACAUAUACCAGGUGGCACGGAUUACCAACCUCAUGAGGCCUGGGGUCUUUAAUGAUAUUGAGCAGUACCAGUUUCUGUACCGAGCUGUGCUCAGUCUGGUGAGCAGCCAAGAGGACCAGAGAGCCCUGCAGAGCCCAGAAACAAAUGGAUCUGUACCACUGGGGCAGGCCAACAUUGCAGAGAGCCUGGAGUCACUCAUGUAGAAACACACACACACACACGUACACACACACACACACACACACACACACACACACACACACA